AUGUCAUGCCAGUGUUCACUUUCUAGUUCACUCCACUGUAUUUUCUCUGUUCCUCUUCAACAGAUUGCAUGGGUCUGUGUGAGUGGCCGUCAUGUCUGCAGCCUGUCCCCGCAGUCUCCUGGUGUGGCUAAGACUGAAGUGCUGGUAGAGGACUGGUGUCCCGUGCUGGCUGCAACCUUCGCUUACUGGGACAACAUCCUGGGACCUCGUGUACAGCACAUCUGGGCCCCCAAAGGUCAGGGGUUGUCGCUUCUCAGUGAUGGAGAGGUCACGUUUCUUGCCAAUCACACGCUGAACGGUGAGAUUUUGCGAAGUGCGGAGAGUGGCGCAGUGGAUGUGAAGUUCUUCGUCUUGGCAGAAAAGGGAGUUAUCAUAGUCUCGCUGAUAUUUGAUGGAGAACUCAAGGGUGAUAAGAACACUUGCGCGCUGUCAAUCAUCCUGCUGCAGUCAGAGCUAAGAUUUUACCUGCCACUGCACAGUGUGUGUGUGGAGAGACUCAAACACAUCAUCCGCAAGGGACGCAUCUGCAUGCAGAAGGGUUACAACAUAGUCUCUGUGUUGUCAUCUGAGAUUGUUCCCAUAAUGGAGCUUCUUACCUCCAUGAAGAAACACAGUGUACCAGAGGAAGUGGAUCUAAAGGACACUGUGCUCAAUGAUGAUGAUAUUGGAGACAGCUGUCGCGAAGACUUUUUACACAAGGCUAUCAGCUCUCAUCUUCAGACUUGUGGCUGUUCCAUGGUGGUUGGCAGCAAUCCUGAGAAAGUCAAUAAGAUCGUGCUCACGCUGUGCCUCUUCCUCACUCCUGCGGAGAGGAAGUGCUCUCGGCUGUGUCACCCCGACGGCUUGUUUAAAUAUGACACCGGCCUCUUUGUUCAAGGCCUCCUUAAGGACUCCACAGGCAGCUUUGUGUUGCCCUACCGGCAGGUGCUCUACUCCUCGUACCCCACCACCCACAUUGACGUGGACAUUAACACGGUCAAGCAGAUGCCACCCUGCCACGAGCACACGUAUCAUCAGUGGCGCUACAUGCGAGCUGAGCUCAGUGCCCUCUGGAAGGCCGCCAGCGAGGAUGACAUCAGUUCUGGCAACCUCAUCAAUGCCCAGGACUCCUACACACCAGAUUUGAAUAUAUUUCAAGACGUGAUGCACAAAGACACACUUGUGAAGUCUUUCAUAGAUGAGGUGUUUCUGUUGAAACCAGGUCUGUCUCUGCGGAGUGUGUAUUUGUCCCACUUCCUUCUCCUGCUGCACAGGAAGGCCCUGACACUGCUCAGAUAUAUUGAGGAUGAGACGCAGAAGGGCAAAAAACCUUUCAGAUCUCUACGCAACUUGAAAACUGAUUUGGACUUAACUGUGGAGGGUGACUUGAAUAUCAUCAUGGCGAUGGCGGAGAAGCUCCAGGCAGGCCUUCACUCCUUUGUUUUUGGGAAGUCUUUCCUUACCAGUGUACAGGAACGUGACCUCCUCAUUAACUUCUGACCUCUGAACCUUGUGCUCAUCACACCACAGGACAUGUAUAGUAUAUUUAUUAUGCGCUUUUUCUGAAACAACACCUGCUGCUGAAAUGUCGACUGAUUCACACGUGCUUUAAAAUAAUGAUCACGUGCUUAGUGAUGCUGAUGAAUUCAUAUUUGUGUGAAGAAGAUUUCGUGCAUACGAGAUUCUUGAAUGGGAGUAUGAGACACUUGUACAAUCAAUGUUUGGAUCUCACACUUAGUAGGUUUUUGGUUAACGGCUAACUAACAUAUACCUUCAUUCAUAGCACAAUAAAUUGAUGAUAUGUAACAUGGCAAGGAAUAAAGUUGAAUUAAUUUUAAA